AUGCUGGAAGAAGAACAUACCGCCUUCCCGUACGUUUAUCCAGUUCCGCAAAAGCAUUUUUGACGACAAAAUAGUCAUAUCGGAAGUAUCGAGCGUUAAUCGGACCUAUAUUGUGAGUUCUUUUAUGUUGUACUUUGGUGUUUGUUUUUGAGACUUCCCGGAUGCAAAAUGGUACGUUUUUUGCCACAGGAUUAGGUCCGCCACUGUAUCUUUGCUUCGCUGGUAGAUUCGGAGCUGACGUUCUGAGGGAUUAAAAUGUGACGCAUUUGGGGUGCGCGCUUUAAACUUGAGAAAGAUUUAUCAACAUCAAAUGUUACUUUCAGUGACGAGAAACUGGACUUGGUUGUCAGAGAAACAGGCCUGAAAAAUUAUCGCUUUCACUUGGCGCUGGAAGAAGACAAGCUUCUCACCGGAGUUUCUGGAUCCAAGGAUAAAAAGUGGGGCUUUAUUUUUACAAUAUUUUUUUGUAGGGGAUGCCCGGUUUUUGAUAAGAAAUUCGAUCCUGAUCGCUGUUCAUUGGCAAGCGUUGCCUUAUUUGAAAUGCUGGGAUCGAAUAUGGUGAAGAUUGGAUGUCUAGAAAAUUCACACGUAAAUGAUGUAUACCUAUUGAAUGGAACCUAUCUUGCCGACUACUCAACGGAAACCCAGGACCAGUUCAACUGCGAAAGCAAGCUGGCAGUGUUUGGAGAUAAGAUUGUCUUCAAAAAUAAGGGAGAGGACGUCUGCAAAGAAUUAAAUUGGGCUGUGGAUCACGUUUGGAAAGCGUCGGAGUGCGCAAAGGACGACAAAUUCAAGUUGAAUUCAAAGAACGUCCUACUUUUUCCAUUAGUAAGUCAAAAAGAGAGCGUCCCGACUUUUCGGGUCGGGAAGAGAUCGGGUCAACGACAUUCCGGUUUAACGAUACCGUUUAAAACACGAUUUCUGAGUCACUGAAUUAGCCGUGGACAUAGAAAAAAAAUCGAUUUUGAGUUUUUUGUUUUAAAAUGACCGUAGGCAUCCAAUAAACAUAUGACUGAAAUAUUUUUGUCUAAUUCUCUCAUUAACCUACUGUAAUUUACAAUUUAAUGUUUUUACAGUAAUCGAUUUUUCGAAUCAGCAUGAAAUUUUGCCCCAGAAUCAUUAUAUAAUAUGUCUUAGCUGACCAUUUUUAUUUCGCAGAAAUUUUGCACUGAAGAUUACAUACAAAUUUUUUGGUUGAAAAAAAAAAUUUAAAAAUUUGGGUUUUUGGUCUAUAAAUGUGUGGAUCCAUCGUUUAAAUUCAGAUAUGAAGUAUUUUUGGCUUAAUCAAGAACUAAUGUAGUUUUAUUUACAAUUUUCAAACUUGAAAGUAAUUCACCACAGUGAAAAAAGUGUUUAACUGAGAAAGUCAACUUUCAGUGUCGCUAGUGUGGAAUUUCAUGCUGAUUCGAAAAAUCGAAGAAUUAGCUGCGUAUACUCGCAAUGAACAGUUCUACGGCCGAUUUUAGCGGCCGAAAUCCGUUUUCGCGAUGUUACAGUAAUCCUAGGUCCGAAAAAUUGGGUCCAUUGAACUCAGAUGGCUAGAAAACGUACAUUAUAUCAUUUUUAGCCAUUUUGCUUAACUAAAUUUGGGCCAGAAUCCGCGAAGACCAAAAUAAUAAUUUUAACUCCGAAAAAUGCCUUCUAAUUUGCGAAUAACCCAUGAUCCAGUUUUUGGUACUCUGCGUGUAUAUUAUCAAUUCCCCUCGACACGAUUUUUUGAAGUUUUGUGCGGUUUUACAGAUUUUGGUUCCACGGGGAUCGAACCCGCGACCUUCGGAUUACUAAACUUGACCAAAAUCCACUACACCACGAAAAUCGGGGCACGACUUUUUAAACUUUUUUUAAAUGUUUCUAGGGCAGAAUUUUACGCUGAACAACAUAUGUAAAAAUCAGCUGCGGGUUUUCAGAAACAAAUUUUUUAUGGCCGAUUUUGUGCGGCCGAACCUAUAUUGCGGUAUGUUACAGUAACCUGUAUGCCGAAAUUCUGUGUCUAUUAUGACGAGCAUGCUCGGAAACAUCAGUAUUCUCAAUUUCAGCCGCUUCCUAUGCCUAGUUGUCUAGUAAUGGUCGAUUACUGUAAAAACAUUAAAUUGUAAAUCACAGUAGGUUAAUGAGAGAACUAGGCAAAAAUAUUUUGGUCAUAUGUUUAUAGGAUGCCUACAGUCAAUUUAAGAUCAAAAACUCAAAAUCCAUUUUUUUCUAUGUCCGGGCCUAACUGGGGGCUGAUUCAGUGGCUCAAAAAUCGUGUUUUAACUUUUUCGCUUCGGUACUGGAAAAAAGAAUUUUUUGGAGGAAUUGAACAAAAUUUAUUUUCUUCUACAAAAAAUCGAAAAAAUAAUUCGUGUCAAGUGUCUCCCUGGCCCGUUUGGUCAACUGUUUCCCUCCGCUUAAAAACUACCGUAUCAUGGCUGAAAAAGAGUUAAUCAUCGCAGAAAUUGCACAAAGUAAGGAAGAUUAACAGAUAAAUCGAAAAAUGUAUACUCAAGACAGAAAAAAAAUAAAUCUCUGCCAUAUUUGGCGGCAUCUUUAAUGUUUACCGCUGGAGUAAGGUAAUUUAUUUCGUUCAUAACAUUCUUUUGAGAUGACCGAUGGAAAAAUAUUGAAAUAAUGGAAAUUUCAAUAUUUCGGCCAAUAAGGUAUGUUUUUAUCUCAAGAUUGGUUUGGUUUUUAGAUAUGACAUAGAAGGCUGUGAGGGCUUCCAGAUUCUGUAAAAAAAUCGAAAAUCGGUGGUCAACUUUUUGAGAAAAUUGGGUUUAAAGUUUGGGUCCUAAGGGCAAAAAAUUGUAAAUUUUGAAUUUUCAUGAUGUUUGCGCAUUUAUAACGUUCUAACUAACAUCACAAAUGCUUCCGUGACUCCAAAAAGGACUCAUACGUCUCUAAUGAACGGUCAACGUGAACGCGCGGCCGUGGCAACUUCCUCAGAGAAAAAAGUUCGGGAGCUCACAGAAGAAGCGGAAAAAUUGCAAAAACAAAGAUAUGUGGUGAAUUAAAGAGAUGACAAACAAGAUCGGCAGUUCAUGUACCGGAAUUUUUAAACCGCCACCAUCAACACCAGUUAUUAAUAUAAUUCCAACCCAAAGUCAAACCAGUCAAGAUGGCAAGCAACAUUUUCACAAAGCUCGGGCGCAGCCCACAAAAAUAGUUUUUGAAGAAAAUAAAUUGGCGUGGAUACCGUUUAAAUUUUUCGCUUCGGUACUGGAAAAAAGAAUUUUUUGGAGAAAUUGAACAAAAUUUUCACGUUUACAUAUAAGAUACGUCCUAUCCUAACAGUCAUCAGCGGAAUAGUUUAUCUAAAAAAAUCCAGAAAUAACAUUUUUACUCUACUUUGUAAAGGAAAAUUGUAACGUUCAGAUCGGUUAUCCACAAAAAAAAUUUUUUUUUUCUUUUCUUGUCCCGGAGCGAAAACGUUUGAAAAUUUUGUUCAAAUUUCACAAAAAUUCUUUUUUCCAGUCCCGAAACGAAAAAAUUAAACGAUAUCGUAUCGUUAACGCGAAAUUUCGUUGACCCGAGCUGCCCUGAAUGUUGUUCUCCAGGUGGUAGUCCAAAUUGAAACGGCAAAACCGGCUACUAUGCUUCCUCUUAUCGAAUUACAUUGCUAAACAAUGUACAAGGAGGUGCACCUCACCGGUGAGAACAGAACAUCAGAAAAUCUUUUUAUCCGAAAAUAAAUCAAGAACAUUUGUUCUUCGGAAUUUUCUCGACGCGAAAAUCCCUGAUUUUCAAUUUUUUAGCCGAUCAAAUUUCGGUUCAAAAAAUACCUUUUGUGGUCCUUUAAUUGUUUGAGUUAUUGAUUGAAAUAAAUGUUCAUUUUUUUGCACGGUGCGGUAUAAAUAAAAUGACUUAUAAAAACAUAUAUGAAAUUAUAAGUCAAUUCAACAAGAGCGCACAGAGAACCCUUAUAAAAUCAUAUAUGAACAUAUAAGUGAUUUAAAAUGACUUAUAAGAACAGAUAAUGACUUAUAAAAAAAUCAUUUCAUUAUAAGUCAUUAUAUGUUUUUAUAAGUCAAUUUGGGUCCGCUGUGGUAUCGUUAGCCCGAAAUGUCGUUGACCUGAGCUGUCCCUAACCCGAGACGCCGUAACGCCAAAAAAUUGUUUUUGUUUUAUUUGUAAUCUAAUUCUUGUUUUCAGAACUACAUUCUUAUUAAAUUUUCGGUGGGAGGAUGUCAGCCACCUGGUCCUGAGUUAGCCGAUUAUUUCAACAACACCUACGUGAAGUACCUGUACAAUCCGAACGGAAGAUCGUGGGUCCUCGCUUUCUGUGAAUUAUAUUUUUUUAGAAGUUCCGAGGAUGUGACGAUUGCGACGGUCCAAGAUGAAUCCCCGAAUUGGGCGCUGAUAGGAGGAGGCAUUGGCGGGGCGCUGGUGUUCCUCUUACUGCUGAUAGUGCUGGCCAUUUUUCUCAUUCGACGACACAUGAAAAGGCAAUAUCGGUAAAUAAAGUUUUGAAGAGCCGGGGUGGGACGAUUGGGGAAAAAGACGAUUGGGGAAAAGUACGAUUGGGGAAACCGAAAAGUAUUAUUUUUUGUUGGUGCAAAUGUCGAAAUUAGGAUAAUCGAGGGUGCUCAUUUCGAAAAGAACAUGAUUUUCGAUUAUUCGAUUAUCCUAAUUUCGACAUUUGCACCAAAAAUAAUACUUUUCGGUUUCCCCAAUCGUACUUUUCCCCAAUCGUCUUUUUUCCCAAUCGUCCCAUUCCGCUUCUUGCAGACUUCAUAGCGCAUACCACGUGCGGUAUGAUUUCUCGACUGCGAUGGAAAUGCGUACCGAAAAGAAGUGCACGGAGGGCACUGUAGUCAAGCUCAAGAAUGGGAAGAAACUCUUCGUACCGGUGAGUUAUUUUUUCUUUUUUUUUUUUUUUUUUUUUUUUUAUAGACAUCUACCUAUUUUAAAAAAUUAAUUUGGGGUCUGGCGACCUCAUGGGAAGCCUACAAAAAGGUUGCAAAAUUUGGAAUUUUUGAAAACGCUGAUUCCAAUUUUGGCAAUACGCAACUUAUAUUAAGAAAUCUGAUUUGUACGAGUUAUCAAUAAUGUUAUUUUCUUUCUAUAUCGAAAGUUUCGGCAGAAUUGGUCUGCAAGUUUUGGAGACGAUGGCGAAAUACAUCAAACUUGGUAUAUCAAAAAAAUUUUCGGUUUUGCAACGGCUAAGGCUGCUCACUGCAUGGACACAUUCAUUAUAGGGUAUCUCAGUUGGCUACGUAUUUCUUUUUAGAUGGAAAAGAAUCUCCACCAUAUGUUUUCAUAACUUUACCAUGUACAACAUGAUUAAAAUAAGAUCCAAAAAAGGGCUAGUAGUUGGGCUCAGACCUCGUUUGGACUUGUUGAGGUGUCCCCUUUUCAUAAAAACUAGAAUGACGUUGCCGCGUUGCUAAAGCGCCGGCCGGCGACAUAGCCUCCUAAGAUGGUCUCACUAUCAUGGAUAAUACGGAAUUGAUACAGACAUGCAAAGUGAGAAACAUACGGAUUAUUUCUUUGACCCAUCGACGGUUUUAGUUAGUAACAUAGUUUUUAAUUCUUUUUUUGAAGCCUAUCAUCUUUUUUUUGGUACAAAUUUCGAUAUUAUACAUGACCUAUACAACAACCCAGUUCCUCAAUUUUUGAACUUUUUAGGGUAAAAACGGAUGUUUUGAAACUAAUUUGAUCUUAUAAUCAAUAUCACUUUUUGUAAGAAUGAUUUGCAGCUUCAAAACCUUAAAAAAUUUAGUGGUGAAUAUUGUCAUGUAUAACAUGCUGACGUUAUGGCACACUGUGAAAACCGUCUUUUUUACCCGGUAAUUGAUAGAUUAGAUCUAAAUGAGCAUGAUUGGUGAAGAAAACCCGCAAUUCCUACAAUCGCAAUUGUUUUCAGUUCCAAAAACGCCUGUUUUAAUCCCAAAUUUUCAAAUCGCAUCAACUUUUUUUUUGUAUAGACGAAUUUUGAUAAUAUUUCGGAUAUUUCCAAUAUGGACCAAUGCUAAUAGAACCUCCAAAUCAGAUUUCUCGAUUUAAGUAAAAAAUUUUGUAUCUGAUGUGCAGGGUGGGCCACUCGAAACUCCCAACCUCUUUUCAAGUAUUACUCCGCCAAUAAUGCACCAAUUUCUAUAAAAUUUAUAUCAAAUUGAAGCUGAGACGCCCCAUUUCUUUUCCACCAAAUAUGCCCGUCUUACUUCACGGAGGCACCCGUACUGACCUUUUACAUUUUCAUUCCAAAUCUUGGAGCCCGAAAUCGGUGAAACUUACACGGGAAGUACCCCAAGUGCGACGCUCAAAUUUUGAUAAAACUUGGCACAAAUUUAGAAUAUUUUUUUUCUAAGAUAUAUGCGAGAAUCCUAGCUCCCGCUUUGCAGAAACAACCGAGAUUUUUAGAUCGAAAGUUGGCGAAAAUUUAGGACUUUUUGCCGAAUUUCGGCACGAAAUGUUUCAUGCCUAUUUCAGCCGUAAAGGAUAAUGUUUCUACAAAAAAUCAAAAUUUUCCGCACGAAACUCCCAAAGUUAUGGCCAAAAAGCGCUUUUCUCUCUGGCCGCUCUCCACGUUUAGCGUGCUCUCUCGGCGGCAAAAAUCGUUCGAUAUCUCGGCGGCGCCCGCAAAGCGCGAGCUAAAACUUUCAGGAAUUGAUUAGUCCAUACCCGACGUGUGUGCAAAUCGCCCCAGAUCACGAAAGCAACGCCUUGCAGAAUAAUUUUGACUAUUCCGUUGACUGCCAUCAUUUUUUCUGUUGCUUAUAUUACGCUUUUUCAAAAGUGCAGACACAUUUUGUCGUGGGCCGCACCGUGCACAAACCUCCUUUUUGCGGGGUGCAUUUGACCUUUUGCACUGUGCAACCGGAUAUCGCUGCGACGUAAGCUUUUCUCAGCUGUGUCGCGGCGAACUUUGGGCGUGCGAAAAGAAUUUGCACAGUGCAAAAUGGAUUUCGUCGCGCAACAUGCACGGUGCGGUGCAAAAAAGACAAAAAAAUGUGUCUGCACUUUUGAAAAAGCGUAAUAGGAGUUUUAUUUAGUCAAAGGCGCGAACAUUUUCCAAUUCCAAGAAACUCAAUUGGAAAUCAUUCCAAAAAUUUUCUAAGUUUCACCGAUUUCGGGCUCCAAAAUUUGGAAUGAAAAUGUAAAAGGUCAGUACGGGUGCUUCCGUGAAGUUAGACGGGCCAUAUUUGGUGGACAGGAAAUUGGGUGUCUCAGCUUCAAUUUGAUAUAAAUUUUAUAGAAAUUGUUGCAUUAUUGGCGGAGAAAUACUAGAAAAGAGGUUGGGAGUUUCGAGUGGCCCACCCUUAUAAUGAUGAGCUUUUUUUCAGAGAAUUAUCGAUAAUGUCGAGGUGAAGCGGAUGGUCGCCGAAGGCCAAUUCGGGGCAUUUUACGAAUAUGACUACAAGGGGACAUCGUACUGGUACAAGUUGGAGGCAAGCCUCGGCCCCAAAUACAAGCAACCGCUCGCCUGCGAGAGCGGCGUCUACCAGCUGGUGGAGAAGAAUUCCAAGAGCCCAGACAAAAAGUAAGUUGGAAUCAGACCAAAACCGUUUUUUUUUCAGCUUCAUCUACAUUGGCGGCAUGCUGAGCUGCUGCCACUUCUCUGAAGGCGUCUACUUCAGAGAAUUCUGUCCUUCAUCGAGCGCGCCAAAAUGGGCGGGGUUUGACAGAAAUUUUUCUGCGAUCAAAUUGUUUGGCUUGGGAUAG